AUGGCCUCUGCGAUGCAAGAGAUUCACAGGGAAAUCUCCAAGACAUCCAUCCACUCGGAUGGCAUCGUCAAGGUCUCUGAUACAGCCGAUCAGGAUCAGCACGUUCUCGCAAAGAAGUCUGACCAAAGCAAGAGUUCUGCCGAUCCCGACGAUAAUGCACACAUUCGCCCACCAAUCGAAUACACCUCAUUUGGCGCCUUUUUGAGUUCGGUCGGGAGGCGCUUCAAGAGUCUGUGGACCCGCCGAUUCAUUCUUUCCAUUCUGGCGGGACAGCUCCUCUCUUUUUGCAUCACCUCGACGAGCGUGAUCACGACGAAAUUAACCAUGAGAGGGUUUAAUCUUCCCACAACCCAAACCUGGUUCUUAUACGCCGCUCUUUGUCUUAUUUACACUCCUUACACCAUCUAUAAAUACUUCAUUCUCGCUGCUGCGGACGUCGAGGGCAACUUCUUGGUGGUCAAAGCGUAUCAAAACACCAAUUUGCUCUCAGCCAUGCUCCUAGACACCUGGGCGAUCCCAGUUUGCAUGUUCUUCACAUGGGUGUACUUCCGUACAAAGUUUCACUGGUCGCAGUACCUUGGAGUCUUUGUUUGCUGCGUCGGCAUGGGUCUACUCGUUGUCUCCGACCAGACGCACAACUCUGCCAAUGGUCCUGGCAAAUCCCUCGUCAAGGGAGAUAUGUUCAUGUUGGCUGGCGCAACCCUAUACGGAUUUACCAAUGCCACGGAAGAAUUCUUUGUGCGCAACGCGCCACUGUAUCAAGUAGUUGGGCAAUUGGGCAUGUGGGGAAUGAUCAUCAACGGUAUACAAGCGUCUGCCCUGGAGCAUGCAGGAUGGAAGAAAGUCACAUGGGAUAGGCACGUCAUUGGAUUUAUCCUAGUCUAUACCGUGUCUAUGUUCAUUCUAUACACCGUCGCACCCAUCCUUUACCGCCUUGCCUCUUCUACGUACUUUAACCUCAGCAUUCUUUCCAGCGACUUUUAUGGUCUCAUCUUUGGAAUCUUCCUCUUCAAAAUGAAGCCCUACUGGCUUUACUUCUUCGCAUUCGUCGUAGUUCUCGCGGGACUAAUCACCUAUUUUUGGCACACUCCACCGGAAGCCGGCAAGAUCAAUGCAGUUCCUCCGACCUAUGUCCAAAGCGGACGCGUACACAUCACUGCCGGAGCUGACGUAGAGGCGGGAAUCAAGAACGAAGAGUGA